AGGUGUAAAGAACAAAGAAUUUGUCUACCAACCCUUUCAUCAUCAGCAACCUACUUACCUACCACCACUCAAGAAUCCAAAUGGGGUUGUUGGGCAAAUCCUUUAAUUUUCUGCUUUUUCCGACUGAUAAUUUAUUUUUCCACAUCCCUGGGAACUUGAUUUUCCGGCAAUGGCACUUCCAAGUAGUAGUUCAAGUAAACAGGCUGGCGCCGGCGUAAUCACCUGUAAAGCUGCGGUAGCAUGGGCAGCUGGAGAGGCUCUGGUGAUAGAGGAGGUCCAAGUAAAUCCACCUCAGCCUAUGGAGAUCCGCAUUAAGGUGGUCUGCACUUCUCUCUGUCGCAGUGAUAUCACCGCCUGGCUCUCUCAGGCACCCAUGUUUCCUCGAAUAUUUGGCCAUGAAGCAUCAGGGAUAGUUGAGAGCGUUGGCCAAGGAGUUACUGAAUUCGAAGAGGGUGACCAUGUGCUUACUCUAUUUACUGGAGAAUGCAUGAGAUGCAGACAUUGUACCUCAGGCAAAAGCAAUAUUUGCCAAGUGUUAGGGUUGGAACGUCAAGGCCUAAUGCACAGUGACCAUAAAACACGUUUCUCAAUAAAAGGGAAGUCUGUGUAUCAUUAUUGUGCGGUUUCAAGUUUCAGUGAGUACACAGUUGUGCAUUCUGGAUGUGCUGUCAAGAUUAGCUCGAGUGCACCUCUAGAGAAAAUAUGUCUUCUUAGUUGUGGAGUUGCAGCGGGUCUAGGUGCUGCUUGGAAGGUUGCCAAUGUCUCUGAAGGAUCCACUGUCGUCAUUUUUGGUCUUGGAACUGUGGGCCUUUCUGUUGUACAAGGUGCUAAAUUGAGGGGAGCAUCUCAAAUAAUUGGUGUAGACACAAACCCAGAAAAAAAUGAAAAAGCCAAGGCUUUUGGAGUGACAUACUUAUUGAAUCCAAAUGACUAUAAUGAACCAAUUGCACAGGUUAUAAAACGCAUGACAGAUGGUGGUGCCGACUUUGCAUUUGAAUGUAUAGGAGAUACAGGAAUGAUUACUACAGCUUUACAGUCAUGUUGCGAUGGAUGGGGUCUGACUGUUACACUUGGUGUGCCCAAAGUAAAACCAGAAAUAACAGCUCACUAUGGAUUGCUUCUUACUGGAAGAACACUAACUGGAUCCCUUUUGGGUGGAUGGAAACCAAAAUCUGAUCUUCCUUCUUUAGUUAAUAUGUACCUAAAUCAGGAAAUCAAGAUCGAUGAGUACAUCACACACAACAUGGCAUUUGAAGAUAUAAACGAGGCAUUUGAGCUGAUGAGAGAAGGAAAAUGUUUGCGCUGUGUCAUUCACAUGUGAAAGUAGUAACUGUUUGAUGUA